CGGGGGAAGCGAGCCGCUUUGAAUUUAAACGCAUGUUCUCAUGGCAAGGGGCGCUGGACUGCGAAAGGUCUAGGGCCCUCGAUUUGCAUGCGCACCCUAAUAAGACCGACAGGCACCGCUGUUGAUCGUUUGGCCCACGUCUUUCUUACCGGCGCGUGUUGUCUCGGCAAGUUCCAACAAUGAGGGUCGCGCGUAUUGCUCCAGUGGCAGUCCUUGCGGCGUGUGUAACAGCUCAAGGCAGCGGGGCCAUCUUUGAGCCGCAGGACUUUAACGUGACAGCCGCCCUCCAAGGCCUUGGUGUCGACGUCUCAACGCUACCAGAGCCUAAUAAGCCGGAGACAUCCGCCCUCAGCAAACGGUCUUUUUUGGCACCAUGCUCGCUUGCUUGUACUUCGUUGACGAUUCUUUUCGGCCAAGACCACGUCUUAUCUGAGGGAGCAUCAGCAUAUGACGCCUUCACUGGAGCCUACUGGUCUGCUCAGCAAGGCGCACUGAAUCCAUCCUGUGUGUUCAAGCCUACAAAGACUCUGGACGUCUCCACGUUGAUAUUGAUCGCGCGACUAUACCAAUGUCCGUUCGCUGUAAAAGGCGGUGGCCAUGCAGCAUGGGCUGGUGCAUCGAGUAUCGAAGACGGCAUCACUGUUUCCAUGGAGAACUUUAAGCAAGUCAACGUGGCUUCCAACAAACAGACUGUCGAUAUUGGUCCUGGCCUUCGAUGGGAUGAUGUCUUCACUGCUGUUGAGAAGGACGGUCUUAGUGUGGUGGGAGGACGAAUGGCCCCUGUUGGUGUGCCCGGACUCAUUCUUGGAGGAGGCAUUUCGCAUUUUUCGAACAAGUAUGGCUGGGCUUGUGAAAACGUGGCAAGCUUUGAACUUGUCACUGCCUCGGGCCUCGCCAUCAAUGUCAGUCCGACGUCCUAUGUCGAUCUGUAUUGGGCUUUAAGGGGAGGAGGUAACAAUUUUGGAAUCGUGACCAACUUUAAGCUUGCUGCCUUCCCUCUAGGUCAGAUGUGGGGAGGUCAGCGUGUCUACCUGGAGAGCACUUUCCCAGCUAUUCUGGACGCAAUUCACCAGUUCACCGUUACGGGAUCGUCUACGGAUUUGGAUGCUGCCCAGAUUGUUACGUUUGCCAGUGCCCCUGGUAUUGGAAAGGUCGCCUUCGCCAAUUUACACUAUGCCAAACCAGUUGUCAACGCGCCAGUGUUUGACAGCUGGAAAAACAUCACUUCCAUUCAAGACACCACUGGCCUUCGACCCAUGUCGGGAAUGGCCAAGCUUCUCAACGAGGGAGCUCCUGCCCCCGGCGCUUAUCAAACAUGGUGGGGCAUCAGUCUGAAAAUGGACAGGCAACUCCUCCAGUUCAUCAUCGACACCUUCUACACCCAGGAAGCAACCAUCGCAGACGUCGAAAAGAUUCUUAUCAUCAUGGCCAUCCAGCCCAUUACUGAAGGCGCAUUGAAGGCUAUGCAGAAGAAUGGAGGUAACGCCCUAGGUCUCGACCCGAAGAAUGGGCCGUACUUUAUCCUGAACUUCAAUGCCGCCUGGAACAAGAAAGAGGACGAGCCCAGGUUCCACCAUGUCAUCUCCACCAUGAUCAAACUCAUAAAGGCCGAGGCACAGAGAAGGAGUCUUGAUAACGACUUUGUUUACUUUAACUACGCGUCUGAGUAUCAGGAUCCAAUUGGCAGCUAUGGAGCAGCCAACAAGCAGAGACUGGCCAGUAUCUCAAAGAAGUAUGACCCAACGCAGGUCUUUCAGUAUCUUCAACCGGGUGGCUUCAAGUUGGUAAAGGGAGCGCCAAACCCGAAUACGCCGUAAAACGCGGCUUUUCAAAGCAAUUAUAUGUACAUACACAACGUGAUUACGUUUUUUCAAAAGUAUUUUCUUUCCUCCCGGUGUAGUAUUGAUUUGAAAUUGCUGCUUGGCCAUCAUCGUUCUCAGCGACCACGGCACGAUUGAUGACCCGCGUGGGUCGCCUGAUUUCCCAAUGCGGUAGACAGCUUCCAGCAGAAAGUAGUAACGCGGAUGUGGCAGGCAAAAGCCGAAGAUGGCCAAGA